AUGGUGGCACCUGGGGAGAGGAACUGUACCAUUGUGAUGGAGUUCAUUCUUCUUGGAUUAUCAGAUGCUCCUGAGCUGAGGGUUUUUCUUUUCAUGGUGUUCCUCCUGAUCUAUGGAGUCACAGUUUUGGGUAACGUGGGCAUGAUUGCACUGAUUCAGGUCAGCCCUCGACUUCACACUCCCAUGUACUUUUUCCUUAGCCACCUGUCCUUUGUGGAUUAUUGCUACUCCACGAUCAUUGUGCCAAAGAUGCUGGUUAAUAUUAUAAAUGAAGACAAAGCCAUCUCCUUCCUGGGAUGCAUGGUCCAGUUUUGUUUAUUUUGUGCCUAUGGAAUCACUGAGUUCUUCCUGCUGGCUGUGAUGGCCUAUGACCGCUUUGUGGCCAUCUGUAACCCACUGUUGUACAUGGUCACCAUGUCCCAGAAACUGCAAAUGGUUCUGGUUUCUAGCUGCUACCUCUGUGGGACUUUGUGUUCUCUGAUCCAUUUGUGUUUAGCUCUUGAGAUCCCAUCUUACAGAUCAAAUGUGAUUAACCACUUCUUUUGUGAUCUGCCUCCUCUCUUAUCUCUUGCUUGCUCUGAUAUCACUUUGAAUGAACUGUUGGUGUACAUUGGAGUCUCUUUUACCGAGAUCAUCACCAUUGUGAUCAUUCUUACCUCCUACGUGUUUAUUCUCAUCACCAUCCUGAGGAUGCGCUCUGCAGAGGGAAGGCGCAAAGCCUUUUCCACCUGUGCUUCCCACCUCACAGCCAUUGUUGUCUUCCAUGGGACAAUCCUUUUCACUUAUUGCCAGCCCAGUGCUGGCAACAAUGAGGACGUUGACAAGGUGGCCACAGUAUUCUAUACUGUAGUGAUUCCCAUGCUGAACCCCCUGAUCUAUAGUCUAAGGAACAAAGAUGUGAAGGAAGCUCUCAAAGGAGUGGUGAGCUCCAAAAUAUUUUCCCAGAGAAUAUUUCAAAGUGGAAGCUAGUGGAGGGCUGAAUUUGUGGGCUGCAGUGUUGGAGUAGAAAGAAGAGCCAACCUGUAUAUCAAGAGAGAGUUUUUUGAUUCAGUGAUUUUUAUACUUACUUUUGAUUACCUACCCAUCAGCAUACCAUUAUUAUGAAUUUAUAUGCCAGUUUGACCAAGAGCAUAUCUCAAUAUUUUUCAUCAGGCAGACUUUAUAAAAUAAUUGAGUAGAUUUGUUGUAAGUAUUGAGAGCUAAUUGUGUUUUGGGGCUGGUAUGUUGAUUUAAAUCAACUGUGAAUACUAAUGAUAAUUUAAACAAAGAAAUAACAAAUCAAGAUUAUUGUUCAUGUCAGGGAGGAUUCAUGUUUCUCCAAUAGUAGUAAUAUUUAGUAACGGAUGCCCUCAUACACACUAUUAUGUAAUUUUAAAUACUUGCAACAUUAUAUUUAUCUUUUAAAAAGUAUCUCAUUAGUAUUGCUUGAAUUACUUAUAUUUUCUUUUGUGUCUUAUACUCCUUGUAUGAGAACAAAAUUCCAAAUUGUUCAGACUUAGUGAGUAGAAAGAAUAUAUUGGUUUUGUCAAAGUAAAAUGAAAACUGUAUACAAUCUUGUACUGGUUCAUGAAAUAAUUUAGUAUGGUUAUAUGAUUUUAAACCUACAACUUUAAAUUAAAAUAAAAUUUCCAAGUCUUUGGAUCUGUAAUGUA